CGCUGUCGGAAGCUCGAGCUCGUCGCUUGACGCUGUCAUGGCGGCGCGAGGGGAACGAGGAACAGAAUCCAGCCGUCUCCCCGGGGUGGAUCGCUAUGUCGAGCGAGGGUGACCGUCCGCAGCUCGCGGACGCCGAGGGAGGCCAGGCUGCCACGGCACCGGGGGAGCGAGCGGCGGACAAGGGUCAUGCCUCUCAGCCGUUCGGCGCCAGGAGCUCACCGGACGGCGAUGCGGCUGUCUCCCUGGGCCUCAACCCGCCCGUACCUAUUCGUGGGAUCCGAAUGAAAUUCGCCGUGCUGUCAAGUCUCAUGCAAGCCGGUGAAGUGACCCAUCGUGACAUCGUGGAGACCAUAUUUAACCUGCUUGUAGGAGGACAAUUUGACUUGGAGAUGAAUUUCAUCAUACAAGACGUGGAGAGCAUUGCUUGCAUGGUGAAGAUGUUGGACAGCUGCGAUGUUACCUGCCAGGCUGAAGUUUGGAGCAUUUUCACAGCAAUUCUGAAAAAAAGUAUUUGCAAUCUACAGGCCUGCACGGAUGCAGGGUUGAUUGAACAUGUUCUUAAAAGAAUUCAUGGCGUUAACAAUAUGAUAGCAGAUCUGCUUGUUGAUAUGUUAGGAGUGUUGGCGAGCUACAACAUAACUGUCCGCGAGCUGAAACUACUAGUUAGCAAAGUGCAAGGAGAGAAACAACAAUGGCCUCCACAUGCAGUGAAAUUAUUGACCAUAUUGAGACAGGUGCCACAGAAACUUAGUCCUGAUGCUUUCUUCAGCUUCCCUGGGAAGAGUGCUGCUGCAAUAGCUCUGCCUCCAAUUGCUAAGUGGCCCUAUCAGAAUGGCUUCACUUUUCACACAUGGCUCCGAAUGGAUCCUUUGAACAAUAUCAAUGUGGAUAAAGACAAGCCUUAUUUAUAUUGUUUUCGUACUAACAAAGGACUUGGAUAUUCUGCUCAUUUUGUUGGUGGUUGUUUGAUUGUGACAUCAAUAAAAUCAAAAGGAAAAGGAUUCCAGCACUGUGUAAAGUAUGACUUCAAGCCCCAGAAGUGGUAUAUGGUGACAAUAGUGCAUAUUUACAAUCGAUGGAAAAACAGUGAGAUCCGGUGUUAUGUGAAUGGUGAAUUGGCAUCCUUUGGAGAGAUUACAUGGCUUGUGAAUACUAGUGAUACAUUUGAUAAAUGUUUCCUGGGAUCUUCAGAAACAGCAGAUGCAAACAGAGUAUUCUGUGGGCAACUUGGAGCAGUUUAUGUCUUUGCUGAAGCUCUAAAUGCAGCACAGAUAUUUGCAAUAUAUCAAUUAGGUCCUGGAUAUAAGGGUACGUUUAAAUUCAAGGCAGAAAGUGACCUCUUACUUGCUGAGCACCACAAGUCACUGCUCUACGAUGGGAAGUUGUCGAGUAGUAUUGCAUUCACUUACAACCCAAAGGCCACAGAUGCUCAGCUCUGUCUAGAAUCAUCCCCAAAGGAUAAUCCAUCUAUUUUUGUACAUUCUCCACAUGCUCUAAUGCUUCAGGACGUCAAAGCUGUUGUAACACAUUCUGUACAAAGUGCUAUACAUUCAAUUGGUGGCAUCCAGGUGCUUUUUCCAUUAUUUGCACAGCUCGAUUACAGACAGCAUUCUUCUGACCAAGUUGACAGCACAGUUUGCUCCACAUUGUUGGCUUUUAUAAUGGAAUUACUGAAGAACUCUGUGGCCAUGCAAGAGCAAAUACUCUCUUCUAAAGGCUUUCUUGUCAUUGGAUAUAGCCUCGAAAAGUCUUCCAAAGUUCAUAUCACCGGAGCUGUUUUGGAACUCUGUUUGGCAUUUGCCAAAUACCUGAGUAAUUUGCAGAAUGGUGGUCCUCUACUCAAACAGUUAUGUGACCACAUUCUUCUGAAUCCUGCCAUAUGGAUACAUGCUCCAGCCAAGGUUCAGUUGCAGCUCUACACCUACUUGUCCACCGAGUUUAUCAGUACAGCCACCAUUUAUAAUGCAGUACGACGAGUUGGUACUGUGCUGCAGAUAAUGCAUACCCUUAAAUACUAUUAUUGGGUAGUGAAUCCUCAGGAUCGCAGUGGAGUUGUUCCCAAAGGCCUGGAUGGGCUCAGGCCAAACCAAAAAGAGAUCCUCUCCUUACGGGCUCUUUUACUAUUGUUUGUGAAACAAUUGAUAAUGAAGGAUCAUGGUAUUAAGGAAGAUGAACUGCAGAGCAUUCUUAACUACCUUCUCACCAUGCACGAGGAUGACAAUCUGAUGGAUGUUCUACAGCUGCUAGUGGCUCUGAUGUCCGAGCAUCCAGGAUCAAUGAUUCCUGCUUUUGAUCAGAGGAAUGGAAUGCGGAUAAUUUAUAAACUGCUGGCUUCAAAAAAUGAAGGGAUAAGAGUGCAAGCUUUGAAAGUGUUGGGAUACUUUCUGAAGCAUCUUGCUCCAAAGCGCAAAGCUGAAGUCAUGGUUGGACAUGGUUUGUUCUCCUUGCUGGCUGAAAGAUUGAUGUUGCACACUAAUGUAAUUUCCAUGACUACGUAUAAUGUCUUAUUUGAGAUCCUAACUGAGCAGAUUUGCACUCAAGUUGUGCAUAAGCAGCAUCCUGACCCAGAUUCGUCAGUGAAGAUACAAAACUCACAAAUACUGAAAGUAAUUGCAACAUUGUUGAGGAACUCUCCUCAAAUGUUAGAAACUAUGGAGGUUCGGCGUGUUUUUUUAUCGGAUAUGAUCAAACUUUUCAACAACAGCCGAGAAAACAGGAGGAGCUUACUGCAGUGCUCAGUAUGGCAAGAGUGGAUGUUAUCUCUUUGCUAUAUCAAUGCUAAGAAUUCUGAAGAACAAAAAAUAACGGAGAUGGUAUACGCUAUCUUCCGAAUAUUGCUUUAUCAUGCAAUAAAGUAUGAGUGGGGUGGCUGGCGUGUCUGGGUGGAUACACUCUCAAUAACCCAUUCAAAGGUCACUUAUGAAAUCCACAAGGAGAGUUUGGCCAGAACAUUUGAAGAGUACCAAAGACAAGAUGAAAAUACAAAGCAAAUCCCGACCAUUCAAACUAUUUCUGAGAUUAGCAGCACACAAGAAGCUACAAUUCAGAAAGAUGUUUUUGAGGUCCAGAGUGCACCUCAUUCUGAAAAUGUUGAGAAACAAUUAGAAAAAGCAGAUGGUUUCAAACAACUUGAAGGUUACCAGGAAGCCAGUUCUCUGAACACUGAAGUACAGCAGAAAAACAUGGAACAGACAGACAAAAUAAAAAAAACAACUGAGUCACUUGAUGGCACUGAAGUAACUAAGGUGAUAACACAAGUAGAUCAGAUAUCAAAUAAAUUACCAGCUUCUUUGGAAAGUUUUGAAGUUGAGAAAUCUGAAGUAACUGAAAUGUGCAUGGAAGAUGUGGACUGUUCAGCUGCUCGUUCCACGGAUCUGUUUUCAGAUGAAAUGACUGAAAGUGAAGUAACUAAAGUAAAAGAGAAAACGACAACAGCAAUUACUACAAAUGGGCAAGAGCAUAAUGUUGCAUUGGACCCAUGUGAUCCAAAGGUUGAUGUGGUAGAAUAUUCAAACAAUGGACAACAGAACAGCAUAAAUAGUGAAGAGAACUGUGUCUCAGAGCUUCAGGACACUUCUCAAGAAGUAAAUAUUUCAACUACUACUGCAUCCAAAGAGAGUUCAAGCAGUUCAGAAGCAGUUUCAAAUCACUCCGCGUCUGUACUACAGGAGGAGAUUAUCAAAGUAAAACAAGAGAUGGCAAAAUUGCAAACAGAAUCAAGCACUGAACCCUUAAAAGAACUUGACAGCCACACUGCUGAUUCUAGCACUCAUGACAGUAAUAGCCCAGACAAAGAUAUUGGAACAAUUAACACAAAAACUAGAGAGUUGAAAGUCUUAUCUGCUAAAGAAAUUGCUAGAUUGGAUGUGUCUAGUGUUGCAUCUGAUACUGAGAGGUUGGAACUUCGAGCAAGUAUAAGUCAAGAAUCUACAAUGGUCCCAAAGCCCCCUAUGCAGUUAUCACAAUUGGAACUUACAAAUCAACAAAGUGUUGUAUCUGAUGAACAAAGAAAAGGGUCCAAUCCCUCAGGACGUGCCACCAUGUUUCGCAUUCCAGAAUUUAAAUGGUCUCCCAUGCACCAACGCUUGCUUAAUGACUUGCUAUUCUCCAUUGAAACGGAUGUGCAGAUGUGGCGAAGCCAUAACACAAAGACAGUGAUGGAUUUUGUUAACAGCAGUGAAAACAUCAUCUUUGUCCACAACACUAUUCACCUUGUCUCUCAGGUGGUAGAUAACAUCAUAAUGGCCUGUGGUGGGAUUCUCCCACUUCUAUCUGCAGCGACAUCUACCACACAUGAAUUGGAGAACAUCGAACCAACACAAGGGCUGUCGUUUGAAACCUCUGUGACUUUUCUUCAGAGGCUAAUAGGUCUUGUUGAUGUGCUGAUUUUUGCCAGCUCACUUAGCUUCACUGAAAUUGAGGCUGAAAAGAACAUGUCUACUGGAGGAAUAUUAAGGCAGUGUCUUCGUUUAGUAUGUGGUGUUGCAGUCAGAAGCUGUUUGGAAUGUCAGCAAGUAAGUCGAACAAAAUCUGGUGCUGAUAAUGCGAAAACUCAAAAAACGAUGCAGAGCCUCCUUGGAAGUGGAAAGUUAACAGCCAAGAGUUCUACUGAUGUUGCAACAGGUGGUAUUUCACCAGUAAGAGAUCUUGACCGAUUGCUACAAGAUAUGGACAUCAAUAGACUUCGAGCAGUUGUGUUCAGAGAUGUUGAGGACAGCAAACAGGCCCAGUUUCUAGCCUUGGCUGUGGUGUAUUUCAUUUCUGUAUUGAUGGUGUCAAAAUAUAGGGAAAUUCUAGAACCUCAGAAGGACAGAAAACUGUCUCGUAGUCAGUCUGUCAGAAGCACUGAGAAUACAGAUGGGACUACAUCAACCACAGAAGGUUCAUCAGCCACAGCUGUUCCAGUGGCAAGUGAUGAUGCCCCACAUGCUCCAAUUCGAAGAGACUCUGGUAUCGGAGAAGACCAGGCUUUAAGUUCACUCACUGAGUUGGCAGCUGGGAAUGAGACGAUGUCUGAGGUUGUCAGUACUGGUCCAGAUGCAAUGAGUGAACUAUUGUCAACCCUUUCCUCAGAGGUGAAAAAAUCACAGUCACAGGAAAGUAAAGAUGAAAUUGGAAGUGAUUCUGAAAGCAAGACUACAUGUUCUAUACCAUCUAGGUCCCAAAGCAAAAAUGUCAAUGUGAAGGAAAUCCUACGAAGUCUGGUGAACACACCUGCAGAUAGCCUUGAAGCAGAUAUGACAUUAAUAGGGCCAACCUUUUUAGGAGUUAUUGGAGAUGCAGCAGGAGAAUCAUCUGUACAAUUUCGUUCUUUUGACAGAAGUGUUGUGAUAGCUCCGAAAAAACCUUUGUUUGCUGCUGGGAGUGAAAUUGUUACACCUGCUACCACAGAUGCUGUUAGUGUGGUCUCUACUACUGACUCUGCUGAGGAUGCUGCCAUUGAACCUACAGGUGGUGGACCAUCCAACUCAAAGCUGCCAUCUGUUCAAACUGUAUCUCCAAUGCCAGAGGACUCUGCAGCAAAUAUGAGUAUUACAGCAAGGCUUGAACGUGCACUGGAGAAGACAGCCCCUCUUCUGAGAGAGAUUUUUGUGGAUUUUGCUCCUUUUCUUUCACGUACUCUACUGGGUAGUCAUGGGCAAGAAUUGCUCAUUGAGGGUACAAGCUUGGUCUGUAUGAAAUCUAGCAGUUCUGUUGUGGAAUUGGUCAUGUUGCUCUGUUCUCAGGAAUGGCAGAAUUCCAUUCAGAAAAAUGCUGGUCUUGCAUUUAUUGAGCUUGUUAAUGAAGGAAGAUUGUUAUGCCAUACUAUGAAAGACCACCUGGUGAGAGUAGCAAAUGAAGCAGAGUUUAUCCUGAGUAGACAACGGGCAGAAGAUAUACAUAGACAUGCUGAAUUUGAGUCUUUAUGUGCCCAGUACUCGGCAGAAAGGCGUGAAGAAGAAAAGAUGUGUGAUCACCUAAUACGAGCAGCAAAGUAUCGAGAUCAUGUGACAGCCACUCAGCUGAUACAGAAAAUUAUCAAUAUUUUGACAGAUAAGCAUGGUGCUUGGGGAAGUUCUUCACUAAGUCGCCCUCGUGAGUUCUGGCGCCUUGACUACUGGGAAGAUGACUUGCGGCGCCGCCGACGAUUCGUUCGCAACUUAUUUGGAUCAACACAUCCUGAAGCAGCACUUAAAGCGGCAAUUGAACACGGUUCUGAGGAAGAUGUGCUGGCUAAAGGCAGACAGUCCAUUCGAAGCCAAGCUGUGGGCAACCAGAACUCCGAGAGCGAAAUUCUGCUGGAGGGAGACGACGAUACGCUUACUUCACUGGAAGAGAAGGAGAUUGAUAACAUGGCGGGACCUGUGAAUUUCACCACUGCUGCCCAGCUCAUCGCGCCGGCUGUCGUUGCUAAGGGAACGCUGUCAAUCACCUCUUCCGAGCUCUACUUCGAGGUAGAUGACGAUGAUCCCAGUUAUAAAAAACUAGACCCCAAGAUACUGGCGUAUACUGAAGGACUUCAUGGAAAAUGGUUGUUCACCGAAAUACGUGCAAUUUUCUCCAGGCGCUAUCUAUUGCAGAAUACUGCUCUAGAAAUUUUUAUUGCCAAUCGAACUGCUGUCAUGUUCAACUUCCCAGAUCAAGCUACAGUCAAGAAAGUUGUUCAUUGUUUGCCUCGUGUUGGAGUUGGUACAGGUUUUGGGCUACCUCAAACCAGACGAAUCACCCUUGCUAGCCCUCGGCAACUUUUCAAAGCAUCCAAUAUGAUGCAGCGUUGGCAGCGGAGGGAAAUCUCCAACUUUGAAUACCUUAUGUUCCUCAACACAAUAGCUGGUCGGACUUACAAUGAUUUGAAUCAGUAUCCAGUUUUUCCUUGGGUGAUAACUAAUUAUGAAUCAGAAGAGUUGGACCUGACACUGCCAAGCAACUUCAGAGAUUUGUCCAAGCCUAUUGGAGCCCUUAACCCAAAAAGAGCAGCCUUCUUUUCAGAGCGUCAUGAAAACUGGGAAGAUGAUCAGGUUCCUCCUUUUCACUAUGGGACUCAUUAUUCAACCAGUAGCUUCACUCUCGCAUGGUUGUUAAGAAUUGAGCCAUUUACUACCUUCUUUCUAAACCUACAAGGAGGAAAAUUUGAUCAUGCUGAUAGAACAUUUUCAGCAGUGUCCAGAGCAUGGCGUAACUGUCAACGUGAUACCUCUGAUGUAAAGGAACUGAUUCCUGAAUUUUAUUAUCUCCCUGAGAUGUUUGUUAAUUCCAACAAUUAUAAUCUGGGUGUGAUGGAUGAUGGAACUGUGGUGUCUGAUGUCGAGCUUCCACUUUGGGCCAAAACUCCAGAAGAGUUUGUUCGCAUAAAUAGACUGGCUCUGGAGAGUGAGUUUGUUUCCUGCCAGCUUCACCAGUGGAUUGACCUGAUUUUUGGAUAUAAGCAGCAGGGGCCUGAGGCUGUUCGAAGCCUCAAUGUCUUCUAUUACUUGACCUAUGAAGGAGCUGUCAAUCUGAAUUCCAUCAGUGACCUGGUACUAAGAGAGGCGGUUGAAGCUCAAAUUCGUAGCUUUGGUCAAACUCCUUCUCAACUUUUAAUAGAGCCACAUCCUCCCAGAAGCUCUGCCAUGCAAGUGACUCCUCUGAUGUUCACAGACCAGAUGCAGCAGGAUGUCAUCAUGGUACUCAAGUUCCCAUCUAACUCCCCAGUCACCCACGUUGCUGCCAACACUCAGCUGGGCUUGGCUGUACCUGCCAUUAUCACAGUAACUGCUAGCAGGCUGUUUGCUGUGAACAAGUGGCAUAAUGUUACCGGGCUUCAUGGAGCUAUGCAGGAACAGCCAUACCAGCUGCCAGUUGAAAUCGAUCCUCUGAUAGCUAAUAACACUGGAAUGCACAGAAGGCAAAUUACUGACCUCUUGGAUCAAAGCAUUCAGGUCAAUUCCCAGUGCUUCGUGAUCACUGCUGAUAACCGCUUCAUUCUGGUAUGUGGCUUCUGGGAUAAGAGUUUCCGUGUUUACUCCACUGAAACAGGUAAACUCUCGCAAGUUAUUUUCGGACACUGGGACGUUGUAACCUGUUUAGCCAGAUCUGAAUCAUACAUUGGAGGGGACUGUUAUAUUCUGUCAGGGUCACGUGAUGCAACACUGCUUCUCUGGUACUGGAAUGGGAAAAAACACAGUGUUGGAGAAUACCCUAACAAUGAAUAUGCUGCUCCUCGGGCUAUCCUAACCGGCCAUGACUGUGAGAUUAGCUGUGCUGCAAUAUGUGCAGAACUCGGUCUGGUCAUCAGUGGUUCAAAAGAGGGUCCAUGCCUAAUCCAUACAAUGAAUGGAGACCUUCUGAAGGCUCUUGAGAACCCUGAAAACUACUUGCAUCCUCGAUUAAUCCAGUUGUCCACUGAAGGCCACUGCAUUAUUUACUACGAAAAGGGCCAGUUUUGUGUCUUCAGUGUGAAUGGAAAGCUGCUGAGCAAGAUGGAGACAGAAGAUUCUGUGAAGGCUAUGCUACUGAGUCGUGACGGGCAAUACCUCAUUGCUGGUGGAGAUAGUGGAAUUGUGGCUGUUUGGCAGGUAUGGGACCUCAAACAACUGAUGACUUAUCCAGGAUGUGAUGCUGGUAUUAGGGCCAUGGCCAUGUCUCAUGACCAAAGGGUCAUCAUUACUGGAAUGGCAUCUGGAAGUAUAGUACUGUUUUACAUCGAUUUUAAUCGAUGGCAUCAUGAGUAUCAAACCAGGUACUAAAGAUGCCUUCAAUACACAGAGAUGCAUUGCUAUGUGCUGGAAUUUUUUUAAAAAUCAGGAUCCAGACGAUCAAACAGCCGUCGUUGGUGAAUUGAGAGGUUUUAAUCAUCAUAAUCAUUCAAUCCUGCCACUGUAUAUAUAUAUAUAAAUAUAUAUGCCUUCAUUCAUAUGAAGAAGCAACAAAUUUGAAUGUAACUAAAGAGUCUCCAGGAAAGCAGAGUAUUUUGAAAUGCUUACUGCUAUUUUUGUAGAAUAUGAGGAAUUUGACAUAUCAUUCGUAGAACACCAGAACAUAUAAGUCUGAUGCAGAAAUACAAACGUCUAUUUUUAGGAGGAACAAAUCUUUACACGAUUCUUUAUAAGUGUCUCAUUCAUAAGAAAUACAAUGACUAUUUCUUUACGCGCAUCUCUAAGAAGAAAUGACUGAUUUAACAGAAUGUAAAACAGAAAUUUUAAUCAGAUAUUCAUAAUUAUGUUAGAACUAAGCAAUAUAUUUACACCUGUGAUUUAAUUAUUACAUAUGUAGAGAUCAAAUUUUGAGAAGUUUCUUUUUUGGGAGAAGAUUUGCACGUGGGGUGUACAAAUCCUUUCUAAGGCAUGGUUCUUUGCUGUAUUUUUUCAUUAAUGUUAUGGUAGCUUAGCACUGAUAUUACUGGGAACAAAAAGCAAUAUUUAAAUUAUGACCUAGGAUUUUUUUAACUUUAUAACAGUCUAUCAGAAACUAUAUUCUUGUCAUUGGCAUGCUGCUGGGCUGGCAAAGGGAACAGGUGAACGGUAAAUCAAUCCAGUGUACCAGGUUUUGUCCGUUCCAAAGAGUGUGCGUGCAUUUUCAAAGAAUUAUGUCCAUUGAUUUCAUUUCUAUAGCCUUUGUUAAACACAUUAAUAAUCCUAACAUUGUUAUUUGACAUUGACUCCAGAUAACUCUUUGUAACUGUGAAAUUCUGUUUGGGUUUCUGUCCUACUUGUGUGUGUGUAUGUGUGUGUGUGAAAAAUCAAAUAUUGGGAUGUUGUGGUAAGCCUCAUAUUUUCAGAAAUUAGAUUGCUGAAAACAUUCCACCUUGCUGAGCGAAGGUUUGCUCAAUAUGGAUCUUGCUGGUGCCUAAUGGUGCAUUAGUAACCUGCCAGAGGGACCAAGUUACUGUAUUUCAAAACCCCACUCAGAAAUGAUUUUUGGUGAUGAUUUGGAAUGAGGUUAUUCCAGUUUGUGUAAUGAAAUCAAAAAUAAAGUUCACUUGUAUCUUGA